AUGGCCAUGGCGGCUGUCGAGGCUUGCUCCCCUUGCAAGACAACACUGCACCAGGCCGGCUCUAUUUCCACUGACUCGGCUCGUAGCUGGGCCGGCGCCCUAGCAGCACAGGCCCGCCGCGCAGUGCAGGCAGCGCACGCGAACGACGAGCACGCAAGCGCCGACGACGCCAGAGGGCACGGCGAUACUUGCAUCGCCGUUGGGCACAUGAAGGUGGCCGACGGUUGCCCCAAGCCGAGGGCUGCCAAUUGGGCUGAAGGAUUCGAUUUGUCAGGCAUGAACCCCAACCACCAGCAGAGGCUGUGA